AUCUGGUCUGCUUGAUAUAUAGAAGCUAGCACUGCAUGUGUGUGUUUCUGUGCAUGUGUUUCUCCUGUGCUGACUCAUGGCAUUGAAGCCUCUGUGGAAACACCCCCACCCUUCUAGCCAGGCAGUUUAUACACACCCCUUUGGCUCCUCCUUGAUUUAAAUGUUAGGUCACGAGGAAGAAGGAAAACGAUUUCAAGAGCUGCACUUAAGCAUCUAGAAUUUUCUGCGUCACACCUCUUGAGAGAAGAGACUGGCUCCAGGUCUGACUCAGUCCACUACAAGCUAGACUGUCUUCUUAAAGCACCAACAUUACUUGAGUCUUUGGAUAAAAUUGAGAAAAGAGUCUACAAGUAUUGUGGACUCUACAGGAGGCAGGAGGCUGACAACUGGCAGUAAAGACAAAGAUGUCAGGCCUGCGGCCCGGCACUCAAGUGGACCCUGAGAUUGAGCUUUUUGUAAAGGCUGGAAGUGAUGGAGAGAGUAUUGGAAACUGUCCCUUUUGCCAACGCCUUUUCAUGAUCCUCUGGCUUAAAGGAGUUAAAUUUAAUGUGACAACUGUUGACAUGACCAGAAAGCCUGAAGAACUAAAGGACUUAGCCCCAGGUACCAAUCCUCCGUUCCUGGUGUAUAACAAGGAGUUGAAAACAGACUUCAUUAAAAUUGAGGAGUUUUUAGAACAAACCCUGGCUCCUCCAAGGUACCCUCAUCUGAGUCCCAAGUACAAGGAGUCUUUUGAUGUGGGCUGUAACCUCUUUGCCAAGUUUUCUGCAUACAUUAAGAAUACACAAAAGGAGGCAAAUAAGAAUUUUGAAAAAUCUCUGCUCAAAGAAUUCAAGCGUCUGGAUGACUACUUAAACACCCCACUUCUGGAUGAAAUUGAUCCAGACAGUGCUGAGGAACCCCCAGUUUCCAGAAGACUAUUCUUGGAUGGGGACCAGCUAACACUGGCUGAUUGUAGCUUGUUACCCAAGCUGAACAUUAUUAAAGUUGCUGCCAAGAAAUAUCGUGACUUUGACAUUCCAGCAGAAUUCUCAGGAGUCUGGCGUUAUCUCCACAAUGCCUAUGCCCGUGAAGAAUUUACCCACACGUGUCCUGAAGACAAAGAAAUUGAAAAUACUUAUGCAAAUGUGGCUAAACAGAAGAGUUAGGAGAGCUCUUACAGGAGAAAAGGCUAUAUUUGUGAUCAGAUUUUACUUAUUGACAUAUUAGAAAGGUUUUUGCAAAUAAGAAUAUGAAAAAUACUGUUUCUUCUAUCCAACUCUCUUAUGAAAAGGAACUCUGUAUUUUCUAUUAGCCAUAAAUAAUCUGUCCACUGUAUUUUACAGGUCUUCAUACUUUUACUUAAUUUUCUUUAUCUGUGUGGCAAACCACUGCAAUCCUGAAUGACAUGGAAAGCAUCACGAUCUUUUGCCCUUUGCUUGAAUUCCUGGAAUGCAUACAUAUAAGCUAAACAGAUGUCUGCAAUUAUAAAUGUCAUAAGUAGAGGUACAAUCUCACCCUACUCCUUAGAAACAUUUCCAUAUAAAUCGCUAAAAUAAUUUCACAUUUUUGUUAGUUUAAUAUAUACAUGAGUUUAUUUCUGAUAUAAAUAAUAAAUACAGAGAGUGGGCAUAUCAGAGAGGCAAAUUCUUAAAGAAUGAUUUUUAAAAUCAGCUCUAGGAAGAGCUCAAGAUCAAUUGGUCAUAGAACAGCAUUUGACGCCUAGAACUAUGACCACCUCAUGGUCAGAGAUGAGAAUGUAGCCUUUGUGACCAGAUUAUAUUAUUUUUAAAUGAAGAAGCACUCAUUAAAUAAAACAUAAUUUUAAAAAACAAUGUAAGAAACGAAGUCAACUGAAUCUUUUAUUCAUAGAAAUGAAAAGGAAAAUAAAAAAUGUGGCUGACCAAAAGGUCUUGUUGUUGUCCAUAAAAGGAUAAGGUAAACAGUCCUUAGAUAAUUACAAAACUUUCUACAAAAGUUAAAAUGUUACAUUACUAUAAGUAUUCAGAUUCACUUGUUAAAGUACUCUUAAAUCAUUCAAAUCUGGAAACAAAAGCUGAACUUAACUCUUGCUCCCUCAAAAGAGAAACACAAGCAUUAAGUGCAGCUUCAAAAAAGGAAAAUAUUUUAGGCUUUGGUGGAAGGGUGGAGUUUAGAUAAAAUUUAAAUGAAGUAGCGUUUUAAUACGUUCAAAGAAAAGUAAGGCAAUGAGCAAACUCAAAGUACUGUCCUUGAAAACCAUAGAGUCAAGAUAAAUGUAUAGUGUAUGGUUAGGUGGCAGAGAAAUGCAAUCAUAUUGAUGAUAAUCUUUGAGAUACAUCCUGUCAUCAGUAUAUUUCAGAAUACAUGCAAUGCACUAGCAAGUUACAAAUGAUAGAAUACAUUUGAAAUGUUAAAUGAAAUAAGCCAGGCACAGGAAGACAAACACCACAUGAUCUCACUCAUAUGUGGAAUUUUAAAAAGUUGAUCUCACUCAUAUGUGGAAUUUUAAAAAGUUGAUCUCACUCAUAUGUGGAAUUUUAAAAAGUUGAUCUCACACAAGUAGAGGGUAGAAUCGUGGUUACCAGGGGCUAGGGAGAGAAAGAAGGCAGAGGCACUGAAAGAUGUUGGUCAAUGGGUAUAAAGUUACACCUAGGAAGAAUAAAUUUUGGUAUUCACCACAGUAGGGUGACUAUAGCAAAUAAUAAUGUAGCGUGUAUUUCAAGAUAGCUAGAAAAGCAGAUUUUUAAAUGUCACCACAAAGAAAUAACAAAUGUUUAUAGUGGUGGAUAUGGUAAUUACGCCUAUUUGAUCAUUAUACUGUGUGUACAUGCAUUGAAACACCACAUUGUAUCCCAUAUAUAUGUACAAUUAUGUGCCCAUUAUACAUUUAAAAAAUAAAUUUUAAAAACCUUCAA